UUCAUUGAAUCACAGCAAGGGUCUCUCGUAUAGCCGAGAAGAGAGAAGACUGUAAUAAACGUCACAAACAGAAUCACAAAAAUCUCAACUCGCUGAGCACACGAGUUUAUGCUCCGAGUUACUACCAGAUAUCCAACAAGACAACAUCCUCAAAUUGGAUUACACACACCUUCCAAAACCUCCCUAAAACCCACUCUCCAAAAUCCAAGAUUCUACACACACAACUACACAUAUAUAAACACAAGCACACACAUGUACGCUUCAAACCCUUCUUGUUCUCUACCACAACUAUGCAAAGCUCUCACCUUUUCAUCCUCAUGCCUCCAAUUCCACCAACCCAAUUCACUUUUCCCCUCAAAACCAAGUAAAAUCAUCAAGACCCCUGUUUUAAUCACUCAAAACAAUGAAGGGGUUGUAAAGAUUCAAGCUUUAAUAGGGUCAGGCUUUUUACCUGCAAUUGAAGAAAAACCAAGCAAGAACAUCAAGACCCAUGUUCAAAACAAUGGGAGGGUUGUAAAGAUUGAAGCUUUGAAAGGGUCAGGCUUUUUGUCAGCAAUUGGGAAUGCAAUUGAAGAGGAAGAGGAGUAUAGGAAGGCUAGAGCCGAGGUGAAUAGGAAAGGUGCUGACUUGGGGGGGUAUUCAGUGGAAGGACUGUCUGUUGGAGGGCAUGAGACUUGUGUGAUAGUGCCUGAGUUGAAGUCGGCUUUCGAUAUCGGAAGGUGUCCUCCUAAAGCUGUUCAUCAGAAUUUCUUGUUUAUUACUCAUGCUCAUCUUGACCAUAUAGGUGGAUUACCAAUGUAUUUAGCAACUCGUGGCUUGUACAACUUAAAACCUCCGACGGUGUUUGUUCCUCCCUGCAUAAAAGACGACGUAGAGAAGUUGAUUGAUAUACAUAGGGUCCUGGGUCAGGUAGAACUGAACCUUGAGUUGGUUGCGUUGGAUAUAGGUGAAACAUAUGAAAUGCGGAAUGACCUUGUUGUACGACCAUUUAAAACUCACCAUGUGAUCCCCAGUCAGGGUUAUGUCAUCUACUCAGUUAGGAAGAAGCUGAAAAAGCAAUACAUGCAUUUGAACGGAAAACAAAUUGAGAAACUUAAGAAAUCCGGUGUUGAGAUCACAGAUACCAUAUUGUCUCCGGAUGUGGCUUUUACGGGAGAUACAACGUCUGACUUCUUCCUUGAUCCUCGCAGUGCUGAUGCAUUGAGGGCAAAUGUUCUUAUAACUGAGGCAACUUUCUUAAAUGAAGAUUUCAGUGUUGAGCAUGCCAGAGAGCGUGGUCAUACUCAUAUAUUUGAGAUAAUGGCCCAUGCAAAAUGGAUACGAAACAAAACCUUGUUGCUAACUCAUUUCUCUCCCCGCUACCAUAUUGAGGACAUCCGGCAAGCUGUAUCAAAAUUGCAACCUAAGGUUUCAGCUAAAGUUAUCCCUCUGACAGAAGGAUUUAAAUCAAUGCACGCAUAAAUUCUUCGACUCCAGGGUCCCAUCACCUUCUUUUCUUAGAGUAUCAAUUUCUGUCUAGGGGAUUCUUGUUGUUUAUUCUGGGACCUUAUAUAUGUUUACUGAUAUAGUGAUAUAGUGAUAUGUUGUUUAGGGCCUUUUUUUAGCAUAGUUAGGAAUUGAACAUGUUUCAAAGAUAUUAUCAACAUGAUAUCAUUUUUUUUGUAGCAGCAGCAGAAUGGUAACAAUGUAAUCAUGAAGGGGUGUUGUGUGUUGAUGAACAAAACUUAUAUUCAAGAUGCAUUGUUCUCUUCC